CGUACAGCAACGGAACUCCGGAACCCCGUUAACAACAAGCCGUUGGAGGAGCCCACAAUAUAAUAUCUCAUCGCACCGGAUCGCAAAUCGCAAAGCGCUCUUGAUUAAUCAUCGCCGAGCGCCUCCGCUGCUCCCUCCUCCAAGUCUCCGACGCUUCCAAAUCUCUUCUUCUUCUUCUUCUUCUUCUUCUCUCUUCCUCGGGGGUAGCGGUGACCAUGGCGGCGGAGCAGCAGAGCGCGGAGCAGUUCAUGGGGCAGGCUCGGCUCCCCGGCUUCGCGGCGCCGCGGCGCUACGAUCUGCGGCUCACGCCCGACCUCGACGCGUGCGCCUUCGCGGGCUCCGUGGCCGUCUCCGUGGACGUCGCCGCGCCCACGCGGUUCCUCGUGCUCAACGCCGCCGACCUCGACGUCUCCCCCGGGGACGUACACUUCACGCCCCAGGGCUCCGGCCAGGUGUUGCAUCCUGUGGAAGUUACCAAUGCGCCGAAGGAUGAGAUCUUGAUUAUUCGCUUUAGCGAAGUGCUUCCUCUUGGGGAGGGAACAUUGGCAAUUGCAUUCCAUGGAACUUUGAAUGACAAGAUGAAGGGCUUUUACAGAAGUGUGUAUGAGCUCAAUGGCGAGAAGAAGAAUAUGGCUGUAACUCAAUUUGAACCCGCUGAUGCAAGGCGCUGCUUCCCAUGUUGGGAUGAACCCUCUUUCAAGGCUGUCUUCAAAAUUACUCUAGAAGUUCCGUCUGAGACCGUUGCUUUGUCAAAUAUGCCAGUCAUUGAAGAGAAGGUCAAUGGUCCUACGAAAGUUGUUUGCUUUCAAGAAACCCCAAUAAUGUCAACAUACCUAGUGGCUGUUAUUGUUGGCAUGUUUGACUAUGUUGAAGCUUUCACUACCGAUGGCACUAGUGUGCGUGUUUACACACAGGUUGGUAAGAGUGCCCAGGGAAAGUUUGCUCUGGAGGUUGCCGUGAAGACACUGAUCCUCUUCAAGGAGUACUUUGAGGUGCCGUAUCCUCUCCCAAAAAUGGACAUGAUUGCGAUUCCUGAUUUUUCCGCUGGAGCAAUGGAGAACUAUGGCUUAGUUACAUACCGUGAAACAGCUUUGUUAUUUGAUGAGCGACACUCUGCAGCUGCUAAUAAGCAAAGGGUUGCAGUUGUCGUUGCACAUGAAUUAGCUCACCAGUGGUUUGGGAAUCUUGUAACCAUGGAAUGGUGGACGCAUCUAUGGCUUAAUGAGGGUUUUGCAACAUGGGUAUCCUACUUAGCUGCAGAUUCUUUCUUUCCUGAAUGGAAUGUUUGGAUUCAGUUUCUAGAUGAGUCUACAACAGGGUUCAGGUUGGAUGCUCUUGCAGGGUCACAUCCAAUUGAGGUGGAUGUAAAUCAUGUUGAUGAAAUAGAUGAGAUAUUUGAUGCUAUAAGCUAUAGGAAAGGAGCUGCUGUUAUUCGGAUGUUGCAAAGUUAUCUUGGGGCUGAGAUCUUCCAGAAAUCUCUGGCUGCAUACAUCAAAAGGUUUGCAUAUUCAAAUGCCAAAACGGAGGACUUGUGGGCUGCCCUUGAAGAGGGCUCUGGUGAGCCGGUGAACACAUUAAUGCAGUCAUGGACAAAGCAGCAAGGUUAUCCUGUUGUCAGUGUAAAACUCAAGGAUGGAAAGCUAGAGCUGGAGCAGACACAGUUCCUGUCAAGUGGGUCCGCAGGAGUUGGGCAAUGGGUGGUUCCCGUCACACUAUGCUGCUGUUCAUACUCACUUCAACAAAAGUUUCUUUUCCGUGGGAAACAAGAGGAUUUCAAUUUGUCAGGGCUCGUAGAAUGUCAAAAUAAAGAUGACUUCUGGAUAAAACUUAAUGUCGAUCAGACUGGCUUCUAUAGAGUGAGCUAUGAUGAGGAACUUGCAUCCCGACUUAGGCAUGCAGUUGAGACCAACAAAUUGAGUGCAGCAGACAGAUAUGGUGUACUUGAUGACACAUAUGCCCUCUGCAUGGCUGGUAAACAAAAGUUGGUCACAUUGCUGCAUUUGAUUGCCGCCUACAAGGAUGAGACUGAAUAUACAGUGCUUGCAAAUGCCAUCAAUACAAGUCUGAGCAUUUUUGAGAUGAUGUCUGUUGCUGCACCUGAGGAGUUGGGUAAUAUGAAAAAGUUCCUAAUUGGCUUUCUUGAGCCGUUCGCACAGAGAGUUGGUUGGGAUGCUAAGAGCGGCGAGGGUCACCUAAAUGCACUGCUAAGAGGUACACUGUUGAAUGCUCUUGCAGAACUUGGCCAUGAGGCUACCAUAAAUGAAGCCGUACGUCGAUUUAAUGUCUUUCUGGAAGACAGAGAGACACCACUCCUCCCACCAGAUGUCCGAAAGGCUGCAUAUGUUGCUCUGAUGCAGACGGUGAACAAAUCAAACAAAGCUGGUUAUGAAUCACUCCUGAAGAUUUAUAGGGAAACUGAUCUUAGCCAGGAGAAAGUCCGUGUGUUAGGUUCAUUGGCAUCUUCCCCUGAUCCUGAUGUUGUCCAUGAAGCUCUUGACUUCCUGCUAUCUCCUGAGGUAAGGAAUCAGGACUGUAUAUUUGUUCUUCGCGGAGUGACCGCAGCGGCACAGGAGGUGGCAUGGACAUGGUUGAAGGAAAAGUGGGACUACAUAUCAGAGACCUUCACCGGACACCUGCUCACCUAUUUCAUCUCAGCCACCGUCUCACCGCUCGCGACGAACGAGAAGGGCGACGAGGCGGAGGAGUUCUUCAAGAGCAGGACCAAGGCGAGCAUCGCAAGGACGGUGAAGCAGAGCCUCGAGAGGGUGAGGAUCAAUGCCAAGUGGGUGGAGAACACCAAGCGCGAGGCCGACCUCGGCCAUGUCCUCAAGGAGCUCGCUCACAAGCAUUGAGACCGGGCGACCUGGUUUUCCUGUGCAUGUAAGAUUUGUGCUACUGUACUACUUGCUCUGAUUCUAAAUUCUUGACUCAAAUUUGCCCAAAUAUGAAUGUAUCUAUUCUUAAAAUGCGUCUAGAUAUAUGUAAUAUUUCGACAACAAUUUAGGAUCGGAGGGAGUACUUUAGAAGAAGUUGGUAAUAAUAAAGGGCGGUUAUACACUUGUUGCUGA